ACAAGAAUUGUAUAUAUAUAGAAACACCUGAAAGAUGUUAAUCACUUAUCCACACUAAAGAGUACUCAAGUACAUAUAUAAAGGAAAAAAAAUGCUUGAUAAGCUUGUUGGAGGGAUCGCUGAGUUCGGCCGUGGCACUGGCCGCCGUAGCUACGGGUUCGAGGAGCGCAAGGAGUUUGUGUCUCAUGUGGAGUCUGAAGGAGGCUUCUUUGACCGUCAAGCCCGCUACGACCACCGCAUGAGGCUGCCGGCCAACCACGGCCGACCACCCAUGACUCACAUGUCUGUCUGCGAUGAAGAAGACUCAGACGUGGAGGAGUUCUUUGAGAGCAGUCAGAGCCACCACACUAGCAACAACCUCUUGCACCACCAACAGCCACCUCAUCGCAACUUCUUGCCCGCACCUAACCACAACGGAAAGAUGGGAAAGAUGGGUAAUGCAUGGCAGGGGCAGCACGAAGAUGCAUACCAUGGCGGGCAUGGGAUGAAGCACCAUGGUGAGCACGGGAUGCAGCACCACGACAUGCAUGGUAUGCAACACCAGGGCGGGCAUGGGAUGCAGCACCAAAGCGGGCAUGGGAUGCAGCACCACGACAUGCAUGGUAUGCAACACCAGGGCGGGCAUGGGAAGCAGCACCAGAGCGGACAUAAGAUGCAGCACCACGACCAGCAUGGGAUGCAGCACUACAGUGGGCAUGGGAUGCAGCACCAAAGCGGGCAUGGGAUGCAGCACCAAAGCGGGCAUGGGAUGCAGCACCAGAGCGGACAUGGGAUGCAGCACCACGACCAGCACGGGAUGCAGCAGUACAGUGGGCAAGGUAUGAAGCACCAUGACAGGCUUAUGGCUCCCCAGGUUUCACCACAUCAUGGGUACAUAAGCCCCAACCAUGACGGCCGUACAGUAGUGGCCAUGAAGGCUACUGAGAAUUGGAGGGUCAGCAACAACCGCAAAGUCGGGUGGGGGAGUAAGGGCCUCUAAAACUCCAACAAAAAUGCUUUGCCGGUUCAAAUAAGAAAGUAAUGAUUAUGUAUCCCCCAAGUAAUUAAUAAACGUAUGUGUGUGAUGGCCAUGUUUCAGUAUCUUACCAAAACCAACUAGGGGACUUUUAACCCCCCAAAAAAAAGUGCUUUUGUUUGAUGAUCUUAUGAUUACUAAAGGAGUCUUGUUGUUGUGUUGUUUCUUAUGUUCAAUAAAAGUUAUGUAUAAUAUCAGUUGAUUCCACCA